CCGGACCGGAUCAAAAGCCGGAAAAAGAAACCCAUACAACUCAUCCAAUCGCGUAACGACAGCUGGACUUUAAAUUUAAAUCAAAUAUAUUUUUUUCCUGAAAUAAUUUGACUAAAAAGGCAAUAUUUAGCCUAUUUAACCAGUAGCAACCCCACCUAUCUCCUUCCCCCUCUCCCUCCUCCAUUUCCAGUAUUUGUACUCUGCACUCAUCUCUGCUGCGCUUUGCCUGCACCUUAUUCACAUUCUCACUUUAGCGAUUGGAAUUGUUCGAACCGAUUCCUGGAAAUUGUUAAGAUUGCAACUGAUCAAGAUGAAAUAUGACUGUCUUCUUUUCGAUUUGGACGACACGCUCUACCCUCUGAGCUCUGGCAUCUCAACUGAGUGCCUCAGAAAUAUCGGAGAUUACAUGAUCGAAAGACUCGGAAUCGAUCCGAGAAAGGUUCCAGACUUCUGCUAUCUGCUAUACAAGAACUAUGGCACAACAAUGGCAGGAUUGAGGGCUAUUGGCUACAAGUUUAACUACGACGAUUAUCACAGCUUUCUAUUUAACAGUUUUGUUCAUGGCCGACUACCUUAUGAGAAGUUAAAGCCUGACCCUGUUCUCAGACACCUGUUGCAGAGCCUUCCAAUCCGCAAAGUCAUAUUUACCAAUGCUGAUAAGAUUCAUGCUGUUAAAGUGCUGAAAAGGCUUGGUCUAGAGGACUGUUUCCAGGGAAUCAUAUGCUUUGAGACACUCAAUCUGCAGCCUUCGGAUUCCGAUCAACAAAGCGUUGUUAAUGGCAUAUUUGACAUUGUCGGUCACUUCUCUCGGCCAAAUUCUGGAGUAGAAUUACCAAAAACACCAAUUCUUUGCAAGCCAUCCGUAGAAGCCAUGGAGCAUGCUCUCAGAAUUGCUGGCAUAAAUCCUGAAACAACCAUCUUCUUCGACGACAGCAUUCGCAAUAUCCAGUCUGCAAAACGCGUUGGCUUACACACCGUACUGGUGGGCACUUCACAUAGAGUCAAAGGUGCAGACCAUGCCCUGGAAAGUAUUCAUAACGUCAAGGAAGCAUUCCCAGAACUGUUGGCGGAGAAUGAGAAAUCUGACGUGAUAAAACACUCAGGAAGCGUUGGACUGGAAACAUCAGUUUCUGCUUGAUUCCUCUCCCUCCACGAAAAGAGACAUUUGCAGCAAUCAUAUUGUUAACAGUUCGAAUCUGUCCAUGAUUUGGGAAUCAGCUGGUUGUUUGUUAAUCGAAAGUAAAUGAGAGUCUUGUUCUCAACUCAAAUCUUGUGCUCUUGGUUGCAAAGCUCUUGGGUCUGUUCUGCAAAGCAAUGGUCGCAUUGUUUUAAUAAUCUCAUAACUCUAUCACCAACAGCAUAUAUAAGAACCUCCAUAGAUAGUACAUUUUCACUUCUAAAUAACUUUAAUGGAGAUUAUUGUUUAGUUUCUUUUCAAUUUUCAUUAGAGUCAAUGGGCUCUUUGCUUUC